UGUUGGUUUGUGAUAUUGGAGCCCAGUUACCAAGGUGUGAGGGAGCAGAUGGAGAAAGACACCUUGUAAAGUUGUACUUCGAUCUCUGUGUCCAACUUCAUAAAGGGUGAAACCUCAAGAUGUUUCACAACUACAGGGCAACUGACCACCUGGAGAAUACAAAGCAAGUAGAUUUGGAGGAACAGCUGAGGGGGCACCGCAGGGAGCUGGAGAAUAAGAAUGAGGUUAUCAGAAUCCUGACACGACUGAGAGGAGCCGACGAUUCACCAGCAGGUGUCAUAAGCAACCUGCGCCUGCCAGAGGUCCCCUUGGAUUCUCCACUGAAGGGUGCUUCUUUCUCCCAGGACCUGCUGCGCUCGAAGUCAGUGGAUAUGACUCACCUGGAUUACACGCGCCAGAAUGAAGGUUCGGAGGCUGAGGCCAGGAAACUCCGGGAUCGGCUGAAAGCCAAUGAGGCUGCGAUGUGGAAGCUCCGAGAUGAACUGGAGAGGUACAAGGAGAAUGAUGCCCAGCAGACCGCACUCCUGCAGUCUCUCAGGGAUCACGUGAGGCGAACGCAGGGAUCCUCGGAGUCAGUGGUCAGCUCUAAAGCCCAGGUCAACUCCAGCAUCCGGAGUCUGCAGGGCGAGAACCAGGAGCUGAGGGACAGGGUGUCAGAGCUCGAAGAGCGACUCAGGUUGCACCUGCGGGAGAGGGAGCAGAGUGAGCAGAGGGCAGUCAGUGCAGAGAGGAGACUCGCUGGCUGCAUUGAGAAGCUUACCCAGGGGCUGAACGAGGAUACCGACAGGCAACGCGACCCACUUGACUACCUGACCAACAGGGCCUGUGAGAUGUUCCAGGAACGCCUCCUGUGGGAAACGAAGAUCACGACACUGGAAGAAGCUUUGGCCACUCGGGAAAUGGAGUUCAAGGCUAGCCAGCAGACCCUGAUGAAGCUGGCCUCUGAGGCGGGGAAAGCCCAGGACGUGGCAGCAUCCUUCAACCAGGACAUGAAAGCUGUCAGGAAGGAGAGAAACGAAGCCUUGCUUCUGAAGGCCGCGGCCGAGCAGGAGAGUGAGCUGCUGCGCAAGAGGCUGGCGGACAGCCAGUUUGCCUUAGGCACCGCUUGCCAAGCCCAAGCGCGCCACGAGAGGCGGGCGACUGACCUGGACGAGGAGCUGCAUGCCAGUGCCCAGCAGAGUAAAGCUACCCGAGCCCUGCAUCAGGGCCUCCUUGAGCAGCUGGCAGCCCUGCUCAGCAACGGCCUGGGCACCGUCCCUUCUACUGAAGAGGCCGUCAAAGGCAAAGUGAGGGAGCUGAGUGGGAGAGACCGCACUUGGACAGCAAAAGUGACCAGCCUGGAGGAGGAGGUCACGAAGCUGAACAAGCAGGUGGUGAGUCAGAGCAAGCUGUACCAUGAGGCAGUGCGCCGAGCUCGGAGAGCAGAGGAGCAGCUGAGCGAUCGCGAAGAAGUGCUCAGCCACCUGGAAGGACAGCUUGCCGCCAAGAAUCUGCUCAAGGAUGGACAUCAGUUUGAGAGACAGAGGCACACCAAAUUCCUGCGUGGGCUAGCCCUGGCGAUGAACAUGGAGCGAGACGUGCAGAUAGAUGACCUGGAGGACCAGGCUGAGAAGCUGCUGGCCAGGGCUCGGGUGCUGGCGGAGAUGGAUCGGGAGAGGACAGAUGACAGCAAUGAGUUCCUACAGAACCUGCAGCAAAAGGUGACGUCUCAGAGGGAGAGGCUGGCCAGCAGUAAGCGGCACAUCCAGCUCCUGACUGACAGACUCAGCCAGCUGGAGCCAAGGGAGGGGCAGGGCGGUGGGCUGGCCGAGCUGCGGAAGGAAGUGGAAAGGCUGCAAGGACAGCUGGAUGUGGCAAAGAGGAAGAACCGGAGUCUGAGAGAGAAGAACGAGGAAAUCACAGCUCUAAAGGCAAAGAGCAGGGAGCAGGACCGGACCAUCCAGAGGCUUAGGGAAUCGCUGGAGAAACUGGAGUCGGUCAAGGAUAAAGCGGCCCGCAAAGUGGUGACGCUGACUUCUGAGCUGGACCAGGCUGAGCAAGGAGCUUUGGAGAGGAACAGUCAGGCCCAGAGCUUGACCCAAGCCCUCAGCAAUGAACUUCACUCUGCCCGAAAAGCCCUGGAGGUGGUGGCACGUAGGGAGAGGCAGCUGGUGGAUUUCCGGGAGUCUGUGGCGAGAGUGCUGGGAUUCGACACAAACACCAUGGCCAUCCCUGACGACAAGAUCUAUCUCCAGCUGAAGAGCCUCAUCCAGCCACACAGCAGAGAGCGGCGGGUGGUCUCCCACCAGCGUGGGCCUACCGAUGGGCUCGGGGGACGCCUGGCACUGGGGCCCUCACACAGCCCCCCUCCCAGCUGGGGCCAAAACACCAUCCCAUCGGGCUCUCUGCACCGGGGCCAUGUCUGGGGCAGCCCAGCACUACCCCUUCACCAGGCCCCCUGAACGAGAGCACGAUGUGGACCACAGUUAAUGGCCACUGUGCAGAAGCUUACCACUCGGCCCUUCUGCUCUGUGCUCGCUCUCUCCAAGAGCACCACAGCACAGUACAGGACCUCUGGCUUGCUAUGCUGUGCUGACCUUUUAACCUAAUCAGAGAUCAAUCUAACCUUUCCUUCCCACACAGCCCUCUAUUCUUCGAUGAGCCAUGUGCAUAUCUGAGAAUUACUUAAAUAUUCCAAAUCUAAUUGCAUCUACCACCAUCACUGGUCCACACAGCCACCACUCUGUGUAAAGCAAACUACCUCUGACCUAUACACUACUAAAAUCUCCUUAAAAUGAUGACCCCUCGUAUUAGCAAUUUCCGCCCUGGGGAAAUGUCUCUGGCUACGCCUCUCAUCACCUUGUACAUUUCUAUCAAGUAACCUCUCAUCCUCCACUCCCAAAAGAAAAGCCCUAGCUCACUCAACCUUUCCUCAUCAGACACGCUCUCUGAUCCGUCAACAUCUUGGUAAAUCUCCUCUGAACCCCCUCGAAAGCUUCCAAAUCUUCCCCAUAACGAGGACACCAGAAGUGAACACAAUACUCCAAGUGUCGUCUAGCCAGGGUUUCAUAACCGGCAACAUUACCUCAGGGCUCUUCAACUCAUUCCCCUGACUAACGAAGAUAAGUUUUCAUCUGCUCGCAGAGCUGAGGUAUUUGGUGGAGGGGGUGGGUGAUCCCUCCCACCACCAACCACGUAGCACUCCCAUGGGAGUGGCACUGGAGGAUGGGAGCUCAUGUGACAAAUGCCCUGGAGUCCCCAGGCCAGUUCCACCUUCUAGAGUUUGGAGCUGGGUAAGGAAAACCUGAUGGGUGAUGGCUGUGUAGUGACUCUGAGCACUGCAGUCAUCCGUCGUUUCACAGAAACUGUUUAAGCUUAUUUGUGACC